CUCCAAUGACGUCAGCAGGCAUCAGUUCUGGCAAGAUGGCGCUGCCCAUGGAGUGCAUGCUUGUGCUGGCAGCUGGGGAUUACUGAGGUUUAUCAUUGUUAUUCAGCACUGUGCCCCUGAUUUAGCAUUGAUAUUACAGUAACAGCACCUGAGGCGGCGGCAGCAGCAGCAUGUGAGGGAAAAGAGGACUACUUCCAAAUAGGAGACAUUCACAUCCGUAUUUUCCCAAUGACAUGGCUUCUCCGUCUAAGGUAAAGAGCCGGGGCAUGACGUUUGCAGUGGAACACCUACAGAGACACGGCUGGACUGAAGGGAAAGGUCUUGGCAAACGUGAGGAUGGCAUAUCGGAAGCUAUCAAGGUGAAAGUGAAGUCUGACGCAGCUGGGGUGGGACAUGAUUCGGCAGAGCAGUUCACUUUCCAUUGGUGGGAUCACGUCUUCAAUAAAACCGCUUCCAGUAUCUCGGUUGAGCCAGAUCAGGACGGUGUUCAGGUGAGAAGACUCACGGAAGGAAACACCACAGUGUCAAAUAAGAAGCCACGGAAAGCACUGACCAAUAGCAACAUGCUCUACGGUCGCUUUAUUAAGUCCGCUACCCUGAUGUCUGGUGGAGAGCAGCCUGUGGAAGAAGUGUCAUCUCCAAACAGGAGCGACAGCAGUGAGGACGAAGACGCAAAGCUAGACCUGUCUUCUGCUACAAAGGUGACCGAUGAAGAUCUUAUUAAGAUCUGCGGAGGCCGCACGGCUCAUAAAGGUGCCAGACACGGCCUGACAAUGAGUGCAAAGCUCUCUAGAAUCGAAGAGCAGGAAAGAGCAUUCCUGGAAAAGUAUGGAAAGAAAGAACCAUCCAAAUCCGGUACUGAAUUAAAUACGAGAACGCAAUACUCAGGGGCUGGGUUUAAGAAGAAGAAAAAGCUGGAGGUAACCGAGAUCGUAAAGGAUCAGGAUAUUUCCUCUGACAUCUGCUUGCCAAAGAAGAAAAAGAAGAGGAAGACAGCAGACAGUGUAGAGGCGGUGGAAGAGGUCUUCAGUGGCCACAAUGAAGAACAUGUGCCUUCUACAGAAGUCGAGAACAUUACCUCAAAGAAGAAAAAGAAGAGGAGGAAGGUAGUAGACUGUGAAGAGGUGAUGGAGAAAAAGGAGAUUGUCAUUGAGCAGAGAAAGGAACGUAGCCGAAUUAAAGAAGCAGAAGAGUUAAAACCUGCAAAGAAGAAAAAGAAAAGGGAAACGGUAGAGCAGGAAUUAGAAGAGGACCAGGUGGAGCUCAAUGGUCACAGAGACAAUAGUCAGUCUAGAGAAGAGGAACACGUAAAACCAGAAAAAAAGAAAAAGAGGAAAACAAAAGAGGAGAAAGAGGACGAAGACAAUCAAGAUCAAAAUACAGAAGAGGAGGGAAGGAAAUUCAGAAAGAAAAAAAAAUGGAAAAGAAAAGACCAUGAAGAGGAGCCUGAGGGACAAGCGCCACCUGCAGAAGAGGAAGAUGAUAAGAUCAGAAAGAAGAAAACCAAACAUAACCACAAGGAGCGUCAUGCAGCUCCACAAGGGGCUGCACAAGUGAUGGAGAGCACAGAGCUGUGUAUCACAUACAAGAGGAAAAAUAAACCUGAGUAGAGAAUGUACUGCCGCAGUUGUGUGUAAGAGGACUGACAUGGGGACUGCCCAUGUGUAUAUAGAAGCAUACCAUGCAAACACAUCAGUAUCCGAUUUAUAUCGUCACUUUUAUGCGUCUUCUGAACGUGUUACUCUGUGUUUUGAGAUGUAUUGCUUACAAUGUUUAACAUUGAUAUUACGGAAUCUUCAAUAAAUUUUGUUAAAAGA